UUUUCAACCUAUAUAUUAAACACUUAUAUCUCUUUUUUCUAUUGAAUUAAGCUUCAAAUUUUCUUUUUUUGGAUCAAGAAAAAACAUAUUGUGCUUUGACUUGGCUUUGGACUUUAAGACAUUAGACAAAUCUGCCUCUUGUUCUUAGAAGGAAAUUAAAGGUAAAAAGAAUGGUGUCCUUGUGUUUUAAUAAUGUUAUGCUUGUUCAGGCGUUCAUUUUCCUAUUGGUGAAGGAUUCUACUGCUCAUACUGACCAAGUUAACCCAAUAAUUGUUGCUGAUCAUGAAGCUGAAAAUGGUUUAGCCAUGGCAGGAAUGAGAUAUCUGAGUGAGGAAAAGGAAGUUUUGGAAGGUGUACCAGCAUAUGUUGAAGUCACCAAUGCAGGAAUUAGAAAAUUGUUGACAGAUAGAAGGAAUUACACGAGGAAAGACGUGAAGAAAGUUGAAGAUAUCGUGGUUAAGAAAAAAUCAAAGAACUCAAGUGCAAGUGCAACUCAUGACUUUGUUGGCAAUUUAUAUCAGAAAGGGCAAGGAGAGUUAGAAUUAAUGGGAAGUAGCCAUUCUGUGAAGAUAAAUAGAGGUAGUUUCAUGGUUUUCAGUGCUGAUUAUCACAUGACAAGACAACACCCCUCUAAGAAUAACUAAGGCAGAGAAACUCUAGCUAGGAAUAAUU